AUGACUCUGCGUUCAGUUUAUUCCCGCGGUAAGCGCGAGAAGAUCGGAGUGUUCGAUUUCAGUAACGAGGAUGAACAUGUUGAAGAGAUGUCGAAGAAACUCCUCCGAAAGUUCGAUUCCCCAGAGACUAGCAAAACCCCUCGCGCCGUCGAUAAGUAUGACUUCCUUCGAUUCUUCGCGCAGGAGGACACACGAAGCGAGAGAAAACAAGUGGACCACAUUGUUAUUGAUGUUGAAGUCCCAGAAAAAGAAGAACAGUCAAGGUGUGAACUCAGCAGAUAUGAAACUUGUGACCAGAUUGAUGUAACCUCCGAUGACUCCCAUGGAAGGAUUGGAAUUAAUUCAUCAUCGUCAUCAUCUCUGUCGGAAAACGAUGAUGAGUUAUGGAUGUGGGUUUAUAUUCAGAAAAUAUCUCAUGCUUUUAUAUUUCUGCAUUUACAGGAUUCAGAGACUUCACAAGUUAUCAUGAUCCCUGAUUUUAUUAUAUAUGGAGAGAUUUACUGUACCAACUCGAAGCUUACAUUUUCACGCAACUGUAUGAGAAUUGAAAGUUCAUCAGUAAAUGCAACUACAGGGACAUUUAGUUGUCAGUGGGAAAUAGAAGAUAUCGUCAGAAUUGAGUCUCAGUGGUGUUCAGAGGUGGUUGGGACUGCCUCGGUAAACGUACUUCUGAAGUCCAGGGACCCUAACGGAGUUGACAAUGCGAAAGAGAUUUCAGGCAUUGAUCUCCUAAAAUUUUCCGUGUAUGGCGCUAAAUGGUCUAAAGAAGUAGAAACCAUCAAACUGCUGGACUCAAGAUACAAGGAUAUUUGGUUUGAUACCAUAACAGAAAGCGAGGAAAGUGGUAGUAGUGGCCCCAAUUUGGAAACUUCACUCACCAACCUCGCUGGUUCGUUUGAAGAUCUCGUUUACCCUCAAGGCGAACCAGAUGCUGUAGUAGUUCGGAAGCAAGACAUUGAGCUUCUGAAGCCAAGACGUUUCAUUAACGAUACAAUCAUUGAUUUUUAUAUCAAGUACCUUAAGAGUCGAAUUCUACCAGAGGAACGGGGCAGAUUCCACUUUUUCAAUUGUUUCUUUUUCCGUAAGCUGGCUAACUUAGACAAAGGUUCACCUAGCUCGUUUGGAGGAAGGGAAGCAUAUCAACGUGUGCAAAAGUGGACUAAGGAUGUGGAUCUCUUCGAAAAAGAUUAUAUAUUUAUUCCUAUAAAUUUCAGUUUUCACUGGAGUCUGAUUAUCAUCUGUCAUCCCGGUGAAUUGGUUACUUCUUCUGGUAAGGUUAACUCACUAUGUUAUUACUUAUGCUCGUUUUAUAAUAGCCUAAAAAUAAAUGAUCACUCUGCUGCUGAUGAAGUCGAAAACCCAUCAAGGGUUCCCUGCAUCUUGCAUCUGGACUCAAUUAAAGGAAGCCACAAGGGUGGUCUCGUAAACAUUUUUCCGAGUUACCUAGGUGAAGAGUGGAAAGCGAGGCAAGGACACACAACAACUGAUUUAUCAAGAGUAUCAAAUAUGCAGCUCAUUUCACUCGUGCUCCCGCAACAAGAGAAUUCGUUUGAUUGUGGCCUCUUUCUGCUCCAUUAUUUGGAACUUUUUGUUACUCAAGCUCCUGCUAAAUUCAAUCCUUCUCUUAUCACAAGAUCGGGAAAAUUUCUAACUAGGAAUUGGUUUCUUGCGAAGGAAGCUUCACUUAAGCGUGGGUACAUCUUAGAGUUACUUUACAAUCUCCACAAAGGUCAUGAUCCAAGUCUUCUUCCAGCUCAUUCCAAAAGUAAUCCGCCUCAUUGCGGAGUUUCCAACACAAAUGACGAAGAAAACGAAAGCAAGAAUGUGACUGAGAUCUGUAACGUGAGAAAACCAUUUGAUGGUUCCUUAUCAAUCGUCACAUACAUUCCUCAAACAAAGACUUGCCCUGAGAGUUCCAAGCGCCGGAAGUCCUUUAUGUCGCCUAUAGUGGAAGAAGUUCAAGAAAGUGGUGAGAAAGAAGAAAUCCAUCUGCCAAUGGACACAGAGGAAUCUUUUUGUCAAGAGAUGGAAACAUUGCGAAAAGAGGAAUGCAUGCUUUAUAUUGAGGACACUGAUGAUGAUGAAGAAGCUGUUUCAGUAGAAUACGUUUCUGAUUCCCAAGAUUCAUGUGAAGUUGAGAUGAAAGAAGCAGAUGGUGAUGAUGAAUUGCUUCUACUUACUGGAGCAUCCAAAGAGAUUCAUAAUACCAGAGAAACCAAAUCUGCUUCAGCAUGGAUCGAAAAAGGAGUCCACAAGGGUACGAGUAGAGAUUUAGCUGCUCGUUAUUGCUGUAACAACAUUCUUCUUGUGUUGUCUGAUGAUGAGGGAAGCGAUGAACAUAAAGACAAAGAAAACUUCUCUGGUUCAAGAUGUAAUGUGAUGGUCAAGAGGCCAAAGACUUGA